AUGUUCCCUUCGACAUCAACAUCAUCAACAAAAUUUCUUACACAUUUCCGUAAUUUACAAACUGGCGAUGAUAAACCCGGUGCAUCAGAAACAUUGGCCUAUCUGAAUGGUGAUCUAUCAUUUGAAGAAUUCGAAAAAUAUGUUCGUGAUAGUAAUACGGAUUUUUCAUUCAUCAACGUUGGUAAAUCCCUAGAAGCCAAAGAUCCAAAAGAACCAGUAAAAAUUGAUCUUGAUGAAUUAAUUGACGAAUUAAGUGAUAUUAGCGAUUUAAGUGGAUUCAGUUCAACAGCCGAAGAAAGUUCAAACGACGAUGAUAAUGAUAAGAAUACAUCAUUAUUGAAAAAUACAAGGAAUAACAAAACGAAACGUAAAAAAAUAGAAAUAGAUGACAGUGAUGAAGAAAGCAGCAAUCAAAAUUCUAAUGAUAAGAACAGCGAUACGAGAAAAAGACAAAAAAAAGUGUCAAAUACAAGUUCAACGGAUCUGAGAGAUCGUAUUGUACAGCAUUUAGAACAAAUUGAAUUAGAAAAAAAGAAGAAAAAGCGUGGUAGAAAGAAAAACAAUCGACAAUCAUCGACAACACAAGCAGCGCAUUUGAAAUCAACAAAAGUAUCGGAUAAAACUCCCAGAAGUCGUUUAACACAAGAAUAUCAAUCACUGAUGGGUGAAGCAAAUAUGGCGUAUGCACAUGGUGAUGUAGAAAAAGCAGUCAAAAUUUGUCAGGAAGUCAUUCUUAAAGCUCCUCAUGCUUCUGAACCGUAUAUGACAAUUGCCACUAUUUAUGAAGAUCAAAAUGAUCUAGAAAAAGCGUUUGAAAUGAAUUUUAUUGCUGCACAUUGUCUUCGAAAAAAAGAAUUUUGGCUUCAAAUGUUAGGUGAAUGUCAAAAACGUAAACGUCAAGAUUUAAUCGGCACUUGUUUAACUAACAAAUUAAACAAUUGA